AUGGCUGGUCUCCAACACCCAUUCCAUUGUCUACGCUAUGUCAACCGGCAGUCAACAGGCCAAUCAGACGUUGUUAUUGCAACUGCUGGUCGCAAUCUCUACUCUUACAAUGCGUCCAAUGGUCAGCGCCUGGAUGUGUGGCCUCAAGUAGAUGCCAGUGCGGAGGAUAAGACCGCCGAUGCAGCUCCCGCAUCUGAGAGCGAAAGCCAAGGCCCACCAGAGAAGCGCAGAAAGUUGUCUUCGCACGAGGAUCAGAAAGAUGGCGAGAAGGAACCCAAGUCUAAAGAUUCGGGCAAAAAAGAAGCCUCCAACUCUUGGACGAACAUUCCUCUCUUGACUAUUGCCCAGGGCAAAUAUGUAAUUAUCAUGACCUCCGAAGACAAAUGUGUUCGGGUCAUGAAUUUGGACAACGAUGGCAAGCUCAAGCAACUAAGUGCGCGUACAAUGCCCAAGAAACUCUCUGCACUCACUCUGACACCUGAUGAGAAGAAUAUCUUGUGUUGUGACAAAUUUGGAGAUGUGUACACUUUCCCUGUCAUUCCAAGCGGAGAAUACGUGAAGCCUCAGCCGAAGGCGAAGCCAUAUGAACCUGCUGCUACAAAUCUCACUGUGCACACCAAACGCAAUCUUGAAUCUUUGGAGCAACAGAUGCGACAGGCUGCAUUGUCGAAGACCAAUCAAGAAGAACGAGUUGUACUCAAUUUUGAACAUCAACUUAUUAUCGGUCAUGUUUCGUUGUUGACGGAUGUCAUUUCCGUCGCCCGCCCUGCGGAUUCGACCGUUGGCCAACGGACCUACAUUCUGACUGCGGAUCGUGAUGAGCACAUCCGUGUGUCUCGUGGUCUUCCCCAAGCACAUGUAAUUGAGCAGUUCUGCUUUGGCCACAGUUCAUUCGUCAGCAAGCUUUGCAUCCCUUCGUGGGAUCCCACGGUUCUCAUCUCAGGUGGUGGCGACAACUAUCUGCUUGUGUGGAACUGGCUUGAGAACCAGAUAUUGCAGAAGGUCGAGCUGCCUGGAUCGCAAGGAGAGACAACUGUGAGCGGCAUUUGGGAUGUUUCUCUCGGACCCACGGCAGACAGUGCCGAAGCGACGAAUACCAUCUUCGUUGCACGUGAAGGGUCUUCACAGCUUCUUUGCUACACCGUCGCAAAUGACAACACCAUAUCCCAACAAGAUACCCUCCAGCUGUCAGGAAACGUCAUUGAUUUGACUGGCAUCGACUCCAAGGGCUCCAUUCUCGUUUCUGUGGAUACCUUGCGAGAAUCCGAGUCGACGAGUGCUUGGAGGUCGUCUUCUGGAACUCUUCUUGAAACUUUCCGGUUCACUUCCGGAAAAUGGACCCCUGUAGAGGACUCAAUGGUGCUCAAAAUCAAUUCUGAGGGUACCGAAAGUCUCCCUGCGUCAUUGGAGGAGAAGCAGAAGAAAGAGCUCAAUGAGACGAUCUACAGCUUGGGCAACCUGCGGAAGAGAGGGGACGGUGACGAGUAA